AUGUCCUCUUCCAACAAGCAACCUGACAGCGUGUCCAACGUCAGCGGUGGUGCUGCUCAGCUCGCGCUCGACACCUCUAUGAGCGACGACACUAUGAGCGAUGUUCUCCCUAGCAACGAGGCCACCACUCCGACGCCUUCCACUCCUGCCGCUUUCAACCACGCUGCUUCCGAGCCAUCCGCUGCAUCGACGGCAGACGUCGGCGCUCCCACAAACACCGAGCCCGAAAUUACCGACGCCGAGCUCCGCCGGCUCACCAUGUUCUUGAUCCGCAAAGUGGACGAGAAGGUCAAAGACUUCGAGGAGUGCUGGGAGGACGACGGCGAUUCGUGCAAGGACAUGGCGGAAUACAUGGCUUCCUCGAUCAGUAGCCUGCAAUGCUAUGCGCAUCAGCUGCGCAAAUUGAUUGUCGAGCUGGACCCUCAGGUCGAAUGGCUGGCGCGAAAGGAGCAGCACGGUUGGUGCGGCUGGGAUUGCAAGCGCAGGUCUCUUCGGAGGGAGGUUGCUAAGGAAGUGAAGAGGCAGGCCGCCAAGGAAGCGAAGAGGCAGGCCUGA